UAAAGAUGUUUGUGAAGGGGUUUUCUGGCGUUUCUUUGUACAAACCUUCUGGUUUGGUUUCCUGCUUCUUCCGACAGGGUUGGGUUUGGGUUGUUCCCUAUCCCAGAAUCUUGUUUUUCCGGCGGGGCGGAAUAUCUGGACACUCUCUUGCACUUGAUGAAUCAAGUAUGACUGGGGAAAGCAAGAUUGUGAGUAUUCUGUGGAUCUCUGAUUGAGUAUGACCCGGCUCGGUAUUCCGAUCAUCAACCGAACUGAUGCGAUUCAUGGGAACAACCCGGCGUUCUUGGUACAACAGAGGUCGCCGCCGGCCCGUCUCUAUCCCGUCGCCCUAGACUGCCUCCAUCUUCGCUGGCCGGCGUUCAUCGUACAGUAGAGGUCGCCGUCGGCUCGUCUCCAUCGCAUCCCGCAGGUCUCAAAGGUCGCCGGUCGUUCUUCCUCAUGUCUUUGGUGCGAGGUAAAAAUCCCUCCUUCAUAAUCUUGGCCUUUAAAUAUGUACUUGGUUCUUUGUGCUCCGAUCUUUUGGGAAUAUUGUAAUUUUUAAUUUUGUAGGGUCUCAAACUAUUCUUGAAAAUUAUUUGGUCCUAAAAUUAUCUUAAGUGUAAAUUUGGUCUCCGUGAUUUUUUACUGUGAAAUUUGGCAUUUGAUUAUUGAGGUUAUCGGUGUUCUGAAUACAUAGCCUGCAUCUUGAUAUUCACUGCAAAGCAGAAUUGGGGAUGUCUCCCACAUUUAUUCUUUCAGCAAAGGAAUUUCCUGUUCUGUAUAUACAGAUAGUCAGAAUAGCCACACAAACGUUUGAUAUCUAUACUUGAAUUGGGAAAGAUGCAUGUCCAGGUGAUAAAUGAUCUUCUUGUAUUGACUUAACAACAACAUUUAUAUUUUGGGUUAGAUGUAAUGCAUGUGCUAAGCAUUGAUCUUUUGCUCUCUAUUCUUAUGUCACUGCAACUGAUAAGGUAUAAUUUCUGUAUCUGAUAAUCUUUUUUUUUUUUUUUUUCAUGAACACAUUUCUUUUCUUCUUCUUCUUCUUCUUAUGCGGAGAGGUGAAGUGUGUGAACCUGUAUAAAUUUUCGGUUUAUGUUCGCCAGAUCUGAGCAAGACAGGGUGCUUGAACAGGAUGCUGUUCCUGAGACAGCUGGCUCUGGCCCUUCUGAAGAAUUAGCUGCAGACAUUCCACAGGAGAUAGAUGAGUAUGAACUUGUAGAUCCUGUUGAUAUUUUGACUCCCCUUGAGAAGUCUGGGUUUUGGGAAGGAGUGGUAGGUUCUCUGUUGCUAUCCAUUGUGCUUUUUAGCAACUUUUGAAUAUCUAUUACUUGACUAACAAUUGUUUUUUAGUAUUGAUACUUUUGUCUUAUUUUUGUGUUAGUGAAGUAUUGAGGCCCCAUAUGGCCAUAUAUUUAUUCUGCUUCUUUGUCUUUUACUUUUUGUUGAAGUAGCUGUAGCUGUUGAAGCCAUACAAGCAAUUGGAAAUCUUGCUAGGGGGACUAAGAACCCAUUUUUCAGCAAGCUCACGGUUCUUAUUACUGCCUGUUUUACUGGCAAGUUUGUGUAUUUUAGAGCUUAUAAUAAUUAUUUAUCUUGAUAAGAAUUUUUGGAUCUUAUAUUUUGCUUGCUGCAUAUGCCAUUUUAAGUGGUCAUUUAAAAAAAAAAAUCUUAUUGCAAUUUGCUUUGAUUACUAUUUCUUAGUAAUAAUAAGUUAAUGAACUUAUUCCUAGGGGUAUAGACUAUAACCAUUAACCCAAAUUUCACAUUUUCAGAGAGGAAAAUAAAUAUGAUUGAUUAGUUAAUAACUAAUCACUUUCUGAUUUAAAAAAAAAAACUAAUCACUUUCGAAAUUUCACAUUAACCCAAAGUGUUAUUAGAAAUUUUGAAUUGGUGUGUUGUGGUAGAUAGAAUUGGUGUGGUGUAGUGUACAUCUUAAAUUGAUUAAUGUCAAACUAUAUUAUUUGUUGAUAGUUAAGCUGGAAUGUAUAGGAAAA